AUGUAUAGGUUUUUGUUAGUUCUUGGACUGGCUUCGGCUUUGCCAAAUCCUCGAAUAGAUCAAAACUCAAUAGAACCAACAGCGGAGAAUACAUCGAAAUCGUUGAGAAAGGAUUGUUCAAAUGGCAUUUUUAGUGUUACGUGUUUGAAAAUAGAAGCAAUAUCAGUGUUGGAGAAAUUAAGUUCAAGGGAUGAACUAAAUUUGUUGCCAGGGAUCAGUGUUGUGAAAGAAUCUAAGGAAAACGAUAGUAAGGCUGAGGAAUUCGCCGCUGAUCUUGCGAGAGCGUUCCCAUCGAAACCAGAGGAGAGAUUGGACAAAUAUCUUUUGUAUAGAUUGGGAAGUUACCUGGACAAUCAUUCAGUGAAGCUGAGAUUGAUGGACAGUGGUGCGACUGAGGAAGCUCGAGCUUUGAUGAGUGAAGGUCGUGGGAAAGGAGACAUGUUGGGAGGCGGCAAGAAAGGAGGCAUGGGUGGAUUAGUUGUUGCUGCUAUGAUGAUGAAGGGUACUUUAAUGACUAUAGGACUUGGUGCUCUUGCGUUGCUAGCAGGGAAGGCGCUCAUGACAGCCAUGAUGUCCCUUUUAUUAUCAGGGAUUAUUGGUAUAAAGUCACUUGCAGGUGGCAAGUCAUCAACUUACGAAGUCAUAGCCAAACCAGUGUACUCUGGUCACGAUGAAGGAUACGGGCAUUCCGGUUAUGGAAGGAAUUUAAAGAUAAGACGAUAG